UUUUCAAAAUGUGGGAAAGUAUUCCACAUAAGAGGAAAACGCUUAUUCGACUUGAACUGGCAACCCUGUUAGGGUCGUUUACAUAUUAUUCUGCCAUGCAAUUAUUUGGUGAAAGAUUUCUACGGUACAGCAGUAAAUUAAUGUAAUCGUGACCUUGAUUUGGUGAAGAAACAACAAAUUGUUAUUUCGUUAUUACAGAAAAGUGUGAAAAUUUUAAGUUUUGCCAGAAAAAUUGCAUUGUAAAACAUUCCUUCCAGUUACAUCAUUAAUAGUUUUGUUAUUAUAAAUUUGUGUGAUAAGAACAAACGCUGAUUUUUAACCUUGAACUGUUUAUUUCUAUUGCGGAAGUUCUAUAAAAAUUGCAAUUGAAAUAUGGCCCAAACUUACAAAAAUGUUACCCAUUGUAUUUUUGACAUGGAUGGUUUAUUAUUAGAUACCGAAGCCCUAUAUACAAAGGCUACUCAACAAAUCCUGGAUAAAUAUGACAAAACCUAUACAUGGGAAGUUAAAAUGACUUUAAUGGGAUUACGUCAUAUGGAAAUGUGCGAACGUAUUGUAAAAAUCUAUAAUCUUCCCCUUACGCCUGAAGAAUAUUCGAAAUUGCAGAAAGAAGUAAAUUCACAAAUUAUGAAGAAUGCUGAAUUAUUACCAGGAGCUGAACGACUUUUGCGUCAUCUACAUACGCACAAUAUACCAAUCUGUUUGGCCACCAGUUCAGGUGAGGAAAUGGUCGAAAUAAAAAUCACCAAUCAUCGUGAAGUCUUUAAACUAUUCCAUCAUCGUGUUUGCGGUUCUACCGAUGCUGAAGUGAAACAGGGUAAACCUGCUCCUGAUAUUUUCCUUAUUGCUGCAUCACGUUUUCCCGACAAACCAGAUCCGGCCAAAUGUUUGGUUUUCGAAGAUGCACCAAAUGGUGUUAAAGCUGCACAUAGUGCUGGCAUGCAAGUGGUAAUGGUACCUGAUGAACGUGUACCCUUGGAAAUGUCUGCAUUGGCUACUCAACGUUUGAAAUCAUUAGAGGAUUUCCAACCGGAAUUAUAUGGUUUGCCACCAUUUGAAAAGUAAAUGUUCAGAAAGAUGUAUUUUGAAUAUGAAUUUGCGUUGCAAUUAGUAUUUGCUUUUUUAUGAUUAUUUAAAACAUUUAUAUGUAUGUACCUUAUUAGUAAAAUUACAUAUUUGUAAAAAAAACUGCAAGCUGAGCUUAACUUAAAUUUAGGUUUAAAAAACCUAAAUUACACUACUACCUUAUAAGAAUUUAAAUAAAUGUUAAUUUUUUGAAAAGCA